AUGUCCAACGACACUGCACCGCCUUCCUCCACCAUUUAUGCCGGCAACCUUGAUCAAAGAGUCACCGACACCAUGCUCCAUGAUCUCUUUGCUACCCUUGGCCAAGUCAAUAACGUCAAGAUUAUCACGUCACGGCGGCAAGGAUUGAAUGCUGGUGUCAACUAUGGUUUUGUGGAUUUCGCUGAUGCUGGAGCAGCCGAACGCGCAUUGAAUGAAAUGAAUGGACACAAGUUUUUUGAUCACGAGAUCAAGCUCAACUGGGCACAGCAAUCCAAGCAGGAUACUGGUAGUGAACACUUUCAUGUCUUUGUGGGAGAUCUUGCUCGAGAAAUCAAUGAUGAUAUGCUUGCAAGCGCCUUUUCCAACUUUGGUACUAUGACGGAAGCGCAUGUGAUUUGGGAUAAUGUUUCUGGUAAUUCCAAGGGAUAUGGCUUUGUGGCCUUCCGUGACAAGACAGAUGCCGAACAAGCUAUUGCUACCAUGAAUGGCGAGUAUCUUGGAUCACGUCCUAUUCGUUGCAACUGGGCAACGCAAAAAGGACAAAUGGCUACGCCUCCUCCAUUGCCUGGUCAACGUCUACCAUUCCAAACCGUUGUCAACCAAGCACCUUCCCAUGUGACCAAUGUCUAUGUCGGUAAUCUCAGUCCUGAUACCACAGAAACGGACUUGACGUGCCUCUUUGAGCAACAUGGUACUGUUCAAGAAGUGAAGCUCCAAUCGGAUCGUGGAUACGCUUUUGUCAAGUUGGAUACGCAUGCAAAUGCUGCCAGUGCUAUUGUCAAACUUCAAGGCAUGAUGGUGAAUGGUCGUGGACUUAAAUUAUCCUGGGGCAAGAGCCGUUCACAACAACAGCAACCAGGUGGUCAUGUUAUGGGAGGAGGACAUCAUCAUCCCCAUCUUUAUGCUGGUAGAGCGGGUUAUAAUGCUCGAGGAUUUGGUCAUCCCAUGCCUUCAGCAGAGAGCGCACUUGCAGAUGUUACUGCACCCAAUUCAUUGGCAAGCCUUGAUCCUCAUGCAGGCGGCACUUUGGCAGCCACUUCAACUCCCGUCAGCAACAAUCAAGAAGAAGUGUACGAGUACAAUGGCAGCAGUGGUUCCAUUCCAAUUUAA